CCGAGGGGCGGGCAGCUAACAGGGGUAGGCAGCCCUCGCUAUGCGCAUGCUCCGAGGCUUGGUCGGGUUUCCACGCUGGAGUCGGAGCCUAAUGCCGGGCCCGAAGCGCCCCCGGCCCGCCCGCAUCGGCACCCACGGAGGAACUUUCCAUUGCGACGAGGCUCUCGCCUGCUUCCUCUUGCGGCUGCUGCCCUCGUAUCAAGAUGCAGAGAUCGUCCGGACACGAGAUCCGCAGCUGCUGUCGGAGUGUGACGUAGUGGUGGACGUUGGGGGCGAGUAUGACCCUCAGAAGCAUCGUUAUGAUCACCACCAGAGGUCAUUUGGAGAAUCGAUGCACAGCCUGCGACCUGAUAAACCUUGGAAGACCAAGCUGAGCAGUGCGGGACUGGUGUACUUGCACUUUGGCACCCAGAUUCUGGCCAAGCGGCUGGGCCUAAAUGAGGAGGAUCCUGUUGUGCAUGUGCUCUAUGACAAGAUCUACGAGAACUUUGUGGAGGAGAUUGAUGCAAUAGACAACGGCAUCUCCCAAUGGGACGGGGAGCCCCGUUACGCCAUGACCACCAACGUGAGUGCCAGGGUGGGAUACCUGAACCCCCGCUGGAAUGACAAGGAGCAAGACACUGAGGCUGGCUUCCGGAAGGCCAUGGAACUGGUGGGCACUGAAUUCUUGGACCGGCUUGAUUACUACCACCGUGCUUGGCUGCCUGCACGAGCCCUUGUGAAGGAGGCCAUCCAGCAACGUUUUGAGGUUGACCCCAGCGGUGAGAUCCUGGUGCUGGCACAGGGUGGCUGCCCAUGGAAGGAGCAUCUUUUCAGCCUAGAGCAAGAGCUGGAUGUGAAGAAGCCUCUCAAAUUUAUCUUGUAUACCGAUCAGGCUGGCCAGUGGCGGGUGCAGUGUGUCCCUGUUGGAUUGCACACCUUCCAGAACCGAUUGUCGCUUCUGGAGGAGUGGCGAGGUUUGCGUGAUGAGGAACUUUCCCGGCUCAGUGGAAUCCCUCGCUGUGUCUUUGUGCACUCCAGUGGCUUCAUUGGGGGGAACCACACUCAAGAAGGCGCUCUGGAAAUGGCACGCAAGACCUUAGUCCAGCAGACAGAGUAAUGCCAGCAGCUGCUGGGGAAUCUGGCUGGACCUGUUGGGGUUUCUUGUUUGAUGGGGUUCUUCUAAAUGUUUUUUGUGGGGUGUCUGUUAAUGAAGGGGUGUGUGCGAGAUAAAAUGUUGAUCAUAGAUCUAGAGGCAAAUCCUCAAAGCUCUCUAGGACAAUUAGCUAACGGAAUAGUUGGGGAUGGGCUGCAAGAGGUUUGACUGCUCUUCCCAGAAUCCCCUGCAAAAGGCUCAGUUGGCUGUGCACGUGAGAGAGUCCCGGGCUCAGAUGGGAGAUGGAUUUGGAAGUCAAUACACACCCGAGAAGAAGACUGCACGAGUGGUUGCCGGAAGCCAACAUGCCAGAGGCCAGUUUGGAUGUCAUUUGUGGAAGAUGACCAUAAGGAGAUGAAAGAUUUAGGAUGUGUGUACUUCCUGCUAACAACAUUUAAAUUUAAUACCAAAGUAA